CGGGACUCCGACGGACAUUCAGCGUUGCUCUUUUUAGUUUUCGCCACAAUUAUAGUGGUUGGUGAGUUGAUGGCAACUGUGAAAUGUCUCUCUGACUUAACUGUACAAAAUAAUACCAACCUGGCUGGAAUUGGUGCGGUUUUCGCGACGCUAUUAAGGCUGGAAACGGAAAAAAACAAGCGAAUGUCGAAUAUAAAACCAAUUUCACCUCGGUGAAUAGGCGAACCAAAUUUACCGCGCCUCUGUGUAUUUACUGUAACUUCUGAGAAGGAUACGCCCCACUUUCGGUAUCUAUUUCUCAAGGUUUGACGGAACCUCUUAAGCUCCAGGACUUCCAAAAAGAAGAUGAAGAAAUUAUUGGCUUUACUCUUCUUCUGUCACAUCGCAUGUUCAGUGAAACACUCCUUGAUAUAUUUCCUCACCGCAACUUCUGGAGUCCCAGACUUCCCAGAGUUUGUGGGUUCAGCGCUGGUUGAUGAAGUUCAGGUGGGUUACUGUGACAGCAACAUCAAGACGGCUGAACCCAAACUGGACUGGAUGAGAAAGUUCAUAAAAGACGACCCACAACACCUGGAAUGGUACAUUAACAAAUGCUCUGGAAACCGGCACGUCUUUAGAGCCAACAUUGACAACUUGAUGAACCGCUUAAACCAAACUGGAGGUGCCCACAUCUUACAGAGAAUGAACGGCUGUGAAUGGGAUGACGAAACUGGAGAAAUCAGGGGUUUUAAUCAAUAUGGAUAUGAUGGUGAAGACUUCAUAGCGCUGGACCUGCAGACACUGACAUGGACUGCUCCAAAACCACAGGCGUUCAUCACCAAACAGAGAUGGGACACAGAGAAAGCUAGACUGGAGUACAAUAAAAACUAUUACAUCCACAAGUGCCCUGACUGGCUGAAGAAGUACGUGAAGUAUGGGAGGAGUUUUCUGCAGAGAACAGAGCUUCCCUUGGUAUCUCUCCUCCAGAAGACUCCCUCCUCUCCGGUCACCUGCCACGCUACAGGUUUCUACCCCGACAGAGCUGACUUGUUCUGGAGGAAAGAUGGAGAAGAACUUCAUGAGGACGUGGACAAAGGAGAGAUCCUCCCCAACCAUGAUGGAACCUUCCAGAUGAGUGUUGACCUGAGCAUCUCAUCAAUCGCUCUUGAAGACUGGAAGAAGUACGACUGUGUGUUUCAGAUGUCUGGUGUCAAAGACGACAUCAUCACCAAAUUGGACGAAUCAGUGAUCAGGACUAACUGGGUUCCUCCAUCAGGGUUUCCUGCUGGUGCUGUCAUUGGAGUAGUUGUAGGUCUGCUGCUGCUGUCGCUCUGCAUCGCUGGACUCUUCAUGUGGACAAAGAAGACUAACGGGUUCAGAGCUGCUAACACCUCAGAUUCUGCAGACAGUAACUCAGAUUCCAGCCAAUCACAACUCUCAGGGAAGACUGGAGGAGGAGAGUAAACUCCAGUGAAGCUGGGAUUCUGUCAAAACCAUUAAUUGAGUCUGUUCUGCAUUUAAUAAGCCUCUGCAACUAACCCAAGUUGGAAACUCUUCAGUUUAAUUUUGUGUCUAAUAUUGUGCAAAAAAAUGCAGACAAUUUAAAUGUUUUGUUUCUUAUCCAUCAUGCAAAACAUCUGAUUGUUUAAGUCUAACCACAGGUACAAAAGCAGCUUUAUAUGAUUAUUCUCAUAGUUUGAACACAUACUACAUGUCUACAAUGGACUCUUCUGCUCAAGCAUAAAUAUGAAGUAUGGUUUACAGAUUAUAAUCAAUGUCUACUUAUUUGCCAUAACUGUCCAAACACACAUUAGUGUCAUGGCAGCUUCUGUUGUAUUUGUGGUAUUUUUGUGUCUUUUUCUUUCUCCUUUAUGUCUCCUGUUCAGUUUUCUGCUGUGGAUGUUUCAUCCUCUGACUGCUGCCUUCUCACCUGCUCCUCCUCUAAUAUCAAACACCUGAAGCUGAUCCAUUAACUUCUUUCCACGGUAGAAACACACCAGUUCUCUGAUCACUCUUCAGCAGAUUAUCUUUUUACUUCUUGUUGUCGAGCUUUCCAGCUAUUCCCAAGUUUGCUCUGCUUGUGUUUUUUCAUGUUUUAAAUGUAGAUUCCUCGUACAAAAAAUAGUUUCCUUGUGUUUUCUGGUUUAGUUAACUCCUUUUGUAUGACUUUUGCUGAUUGUUUUUCAAAAUGUUAACCUGCAUAUUAAGUGUUUGGAUGUUGUUUAUUCCUGGUUUUUGCCUUUUAUCUGCUUCCUUAGUUGGAUCUGUUUCUACAUAGAUGGGUCACUUGUACAUUACUUUUUACUUGCCUAGUAAAUACUUGUAUUUUUUGGUUUCUCAUGUCCAGUUUUUUGGUCAAACUAAACACCAGGCUAAGCUCUGA